AUGGCUCAGCAGCGCGUCCACUUUAUGGCAAAGCCCGACGGGUCAAACCUCAAGGACCUCUUCAUCUGGGAUACGCCUCUUUCAACUCGCUCCCUCGGACAAAACGUCUCUCUGCGCUGGACUCCAAGCCAGAUUCAGGACUAUAUCCACCAGCAUUGGUCAGCCGAUCAGUUUCCUUUGCACCCGCCUAAUAAUUGCAAUUCCUGGGAGGCUGCAAAGGUGUACUUCAAGGAGCUUGACCAGGAGACUGUCCAGGCCAUAGUCCCAAUCGGAGUUCAGGGAGAUGAGGAGACGAAGAUGGAUGAGGUCACGCUGUUAGUCGUCCUAACAGCUGAACUGGAUUCAGGAGAUCAGGACAAGGGUUCUUCCGAGGGGGGAGGACGCCCAGCAGGCGGUACUGUUGGAGGAGGGUCGGCGUCAAAGCAGGGAAAGAGGACUGUCUGGAGAUAUCACGACAUGGUGGCGGUAAGUGAGACCAACUGGGAGCAGAAUGGCUGGACCAUCCUCUUACCAAAGCAUUCUCAACUCCAGGAACCUACGUCAUACGACAAGAUUACAGGGACAGAGACUGACAAACAAUCUGAAGGAGAUGAAGAGAAAGUUGAGCAGGAUGACGGCGGGGAUGACUCGGAUGAUGAUUACUGGGGCCAAUACGGGGAUGCAGAGGACGAAUCGGCAGCGGACGAAACUAACGGCAAGUCCAAAGAUAACCAGGACCCUUCAGGCGCCGCAAGCGAGGCACCCCUGGACCAAGACGCCGAGGAGGAACUCUACUGGCGCAAGUACAGUGAGCAGCAGGAGGAACAGGACGAGCUUGAGCGGAAAAAGAAGAUGCCAGAACAACAGCACUCAUUAGAACACCCACCACCAGUAGCAGCAGCAGGGCUUCACCAUCUUGAUCCUCAGGAGUCCUCCAAGGCCCCUACCCCGCUCCCUGGACAAGUAGAUCCCAACAUGCUGUCGUCUUUGCUUCAGUCUUUGGUCAUGGAGGGCGUCCAACAGAUGUACCCGACCUCCUUCUCGGAACUGGACCAACAGCAUCAGGGCCCUCUAUUGCAACAACAUCAUGCAACUGUCGACCUCCCUGUCGCUACAUCAGCACUAGAUACUAUAUCACCUCUACCCUCAGCAGCGCCUUUACACAAGGACAACACUUCACAUCCGGCUGACAAUGGAGACUCGCAGUCGAAACUGAUGGACUCUAUGCGGUCGCUGGUGGCAGACUCUACUCGUGCAGGAUAUACCAAAGACCAAGUCUUUGCAAUGAUGGAAUCCAUCUACAACACACAAUAA